AUAGCGAUUCAUUCAAUAGCGGAGCGUUUUCAACAUACAUUCGGAUUUUUGCACAAUCUUGCCCACCUAAGAAAUUGGGAAAAGACGACAUGAGGACGUCAUAAAGCAAAGUAUGAAUUUGGAGAUUACUCUUAUACAUAACAAUAGAAAAGACAUCGACGGCAUCCAGCUGGCGGAAGAGUUGAGUUUUAUUUCAAAACUUUUAAACUCAGGUGACACACCUUAUGAAGUUUUGAAAUAUAUUUUAAACAACAACUUCAUUGUUAUGUAUCCAAAUCUUUAUAUCGCUUUGAAAAUCCAAAGAGAAUUUUAACAAAUUUAUAUUUGUUAGACUGCAAUUCGCAACUUGUUCAAUAAAUAAAUAGAAAUAAAUCAAAAUGAAACAUUACACUUUCGACAUGGCAACUGCAAAAAAGGAGUGUAUAUAUGGAAGAGCCAAUUCAAGGAUCGUGCACCGGAUACUUUAAUAGAUGGUACUUUGAACCCAGUAAGCAAAUGUGUGUUUCUUUUGUUUGUGGGGGUUAUAGAGAAAAACGAAAUAAUUUCUUAACAGUAGAUGAAUGCAAUAAAGCAUGUAAAAUAAUGAGAGCUGGUGGAAUAGAAAACCCUAAUUUAGCACCAACUACCUCACCUGUAAUCGAUUGUAUAGUUUCUGACUGGUCUCCAUGGUCUGGAUGUAGGGUUUCUUAUGGAAAAGGUUAUCAUGCAGACAAAGAAUAUUUAAAAGAGAACUGAAAAAUAAAGGAAAACCUUGC